AACUGGUGUCGUUGAAUCCAACUUCCCCCAAGGCAAACGAAAAUGACACAUUACAAUAUUACAUACCCAACCAAUACGCAUUAGAUUGUUACACUUAUUCUAUAGUAUAUAUAUAGUGAAGGGUUGUUUGUUCCAAUAUUAAUUUGUUUUCCGAUGGGUUCCUCUGUUGCAACAAAAAGCAUAGCAGAUUCAGCGUCGUGGUGGUGCGCCAUGGUGUUGUUGGGCAUGAUACUGCUGGGGUCGAUAAGGGAAAGCACGGUGGCAGAAGAAGGUGAGGAGGCUGUGAAAGGGAACAACCUGCGUGAACGAGCGUGUGAUGAAAUUUACGUUGUUGGAGAAGGGGAGACCCUCCACACCAUCAGUGACAAGUGCAACGACCCGUUUAUCGUGGAGCGGAACCCCCAUAUCCAUGAUCCCGAUGAUGUUUUCCCUGGCCUUGUCAUCAAAAUCACACCCACCAAUACUAGCAAGAGUGGUUUCCUUUGGAUCUAAGAACAAGCUUGAUUCCAUACUAUUCCCCGGGUAACGGAUCAAUGAUCCAACAAUAAGCAGGGCAGCACGCCAGCAAUUAAAGAUGAGUUCAAGAAAUAAGGUAAUAUAUAUAGGGUGUGUUUGAAUACUCAUCCACACAUAUUUUCAUGCACUCAAAUGAAAAAGUAUGAGUGUGAGUGGAUUGGGUUGAACGGAUGUUUGACUUUUCCAAAUAAUAAAACAAACAUGCACAUAGUCUCUCCCAAUGAAUUGUUCUGUGACGUUGAAA